UCGCUUCCAGUUUAUCUCUAGCUAGUAUAAAUAAUAAUAACACCGUUAAGAUUUAGGUGGAGAAAGGCUAGACAAAAGAAAUACGGAUAUCCAAUAUAUAAUACGUGCCUCACUAUUUUCAUAAAUAUUCCAUUAGUCUAGAAUUUGAUAUUUCUGCACAAAGUAGCGGUGUGAUCACUGAAGAUACAGAAUGUCAGUCGACAGUGUGUUUCGGACGCGUUCUCUCGGCGUUGCUUCUGUGGGGCUUCCUGAUCAAUAUGCCGACGGAAAAGCAGCAAAGGUGUGGCAGCUGUACAUCGGAGACACGCGGAGUAGAACGGAAGAAUACAAAAGCUGGGUGGUGUCCCUGCUAAAACAGCACGGUGUGCAAAGGAUCCUGGAUGUUGCCUGCGGCACAGGCGUGGACUCCAUCAUGUUGGUUGAGGAGGGAUUUAAGAUGACGAGCGUGGACGCCAGCGACAAAAUGCUCAAGUACGCGCUGAAGGAAAGGUGGGAGAGAAGAAAAGAGCAUGCCUUUGACCAGUGGGUGAUCGAAGAGGCCAACUGGCUGACGCUUACAGAAGAUGUGCAGAAGCCAGGGAAUGGGUUUGAUGCAGUCAUCUGCCUGGGAAACUCCUUCGCUCACUUGCCAGACUUCAAAGGGGACCAGAGUGAUCAGAAGUUAGCCCUGCAGAAUAUCGCCAGCAUGGUGAGACCAGGGGGCAUCCUAAUCAUUGACCACCGUAACUACGACUAUAUUCUGGAGACAGGCCGAGCACCCCAGGGCAAGAACAUCUACUACAAGAGUGAUCUUACUCAGGACAUCACCACCUCUGUGCUGUGGGUCGACAACAAGCCUCACAUGAUCACCCUGGACUACACCGUACAGGUGCCAGAGGGCCCACAGAGUUCCCCCGAACUUAGCAAAUUCCGCCUGUCCUAUUACCCUCACCGUAUUGACAACUUCAAAGAGAUCCUGACGGGAGCCUUCCACGGGAAGUGUGAGCACAGUGUCUACGGCGACUUCAAGACCUACACCCCCGGCCAGAGCCAGGCCCCCUGCUAUUUCAUCCACGUGGUCAAGAAGACCGCUUAGGGACCCCACAACUUUCCCACGAUUUUGUAUCUCAACCCUCAUUAUUUCUCUCUACACUUUGUGUCCUGUCUCUUCUGCUGACCCUUCUGUUCAAACUGCCUCUUCUCCCUUUCUGAACCAAAACAAACCUGAGCCCAAAUGCCCAUAUUCAUGCUAUUCGAUCCCUUGGUCUUUCAGGGGCUUUUAACUCUCAGGCAACGCAGGAUACGAGACACUCAACAGCCAUCUUGAGUGAUGUGGAAGCAUCUACCAACCAUGCUUGGUAGUAUUUUGUCAGCCGGUGAUUGUCGAGCAAAUAACUGCCGGUCUCACCGUAAUUUACAAUUAAUUAACAUAAACACAUUUAGCAUCUCUUGGCUUCCACACAUAGCCUACAAGCCACUGAUGCAGACCUUUUGGAACAUCUACAUUUGAUCACAACUCUAAUAAAUACAUUUAAUAUAGCCUACACCAUCACAAUAAAUCCAUUAUUUAUUUUAGACCAGUCUUAAGAAACAUAUGAAGAAAAUGUAGUCUUUUUCAGAAGAACAGAAUAGCAUACUCUGAGUUGUCCUUGUUAGACUCUGAUCUGGCUGCGCCAAAUGGCUGUGGGCUACACUAGUUCAUUUAGCAGAUAAGUUUCUUAGAAUUCUGUGGCAUUAUUUUAUAUUAUGAAGAAAACAUUUGAACGUGGCUGAAUAAAAUAGAAAGUAUAUUUUCUCUAAACCGUUACCGAGAGAGUGCACACAUGCCGCUAUUCUGUGUUGAGCGGUUAACAAAGAAACAGGUACUCCUAAAUGCUUAAUUUAGUUAUUUAUGCAACUUUAGUUGUGAUAUGUUUAGAUUUUAGGCUGCAUGAAGAGACUAAUGAGUUUUUUUUAAAGUCUCAUGAAAUCCAAGUGCUCUGCGUUGUUUCUUAUGCAGGCUGCACACUUCAUCAGUCUCUUAUUCACAAUUUGACAAGCACUUGAGAAUAUUCUCACCGGGCCUCGAAUUUCCUAACGGCAUCCCCCUUGUGUGACCGUAAUGCCAUUUUAACGAACAGCAAAAGCACUAGCCUAACGAACAGCAAAAGCACUAGCCUAAGUAGAUCUCCCAUAGGACAAAAGUUGAUCUAUUAUAUUGGUCAACUUGUCCUUCUGUGCGAGAAAUAAAUAUUCCAAACAUACUCUGGGACAGUUGUGGGGUGUGAUAGAUCACAAAUUAAUACAACCACUCGCAGCAAAAAAACUUUAAAAGCAAUGAGGCUGACGCAACAGAUCUGAACAUUAAUCUUAAAAUCUUGUUAGGCUACUUCACAUUUGUAAGUGUAGCAAUUCUCCCACUGCAGUAGGCUAUAGGUGUGAAUCUUCCAAAAUGCAAACCAUAAGCAGGAAAAAACUUCUCAAAUGUGACCGCAAAUGUGAUUUAUGCAUGUAAUGCAUUAUAUAAAGGUGUAUUUUUAUGGUGAAAAUGAUCUUCACCAAACUCACGUACGUACUGCCUAUGUAUGCCAACUGCCUAUGUAUGCCAGUUAGAUUUAAUGUGCUUAAUUUUAAGAUGUUAUUUGGCCACUUUAGUUAUGAUACAAACCUUUUUGAUUAGGUUUGUAGCAUGAAGUAAUUUAAAAAAAGGAUGUGCUCUUUCUUGCUUUACUGCACACAUUCACAAGUGAUAGGCUAAUAUUUUCACCCAUCAGACUGUUCUUCAUUUAAUCCUGUCUUUACAUAUACUAAAUAAUGUGUGUGAAAUGAGUUGAUUUAGAAUGUACCAUUAUCAUGCCCCUGUCACGGGGCAGGGGGAAAAAAUACAUGUCAUCUAUGAACUUAAAUGGCGAGUGGAGGACGCUUUUCUCGUGGUUCAUUUUCAUGCCAGCCAGGUAGGAUAUACUCCUGUUGUAAAGUGAAGCAAUGUGCUUAAUAUUGGGAAUAUUGAGAAAUAAAUAUUAGGCAGAGCCUCUAGAAAGCUGAUGAGAUCCUCUUUUUAGGCAAUUGCGUAGCCUAAAGAAAUGUUGUGCAACAUGAGCCCAUGAAGUGUUUGAUUAGAUUUUCGAACUCAUUUGCAUUGAUGUCAGAGUGAUUAGAGGGACAAUGGAGUGCUUAUUACCAGGCAGUUUAGUAGGCUACUAACCAUCAGCAGCACUCUUGAGUUUGGAGAAGCCUAGUUACCAUGACUAAAGGGUCACAUGGAAUUUGACUGCGGUCAGAGGCAGGUGUGGCGGUAAUACGGUCACCUGUAACAGCCCUACUUGGGAGCUAUCGCUCAAAGGCGUGAGCCUUCGGUGUAUAGCGAAUGCAUCUGGGUCCCAUUGUUAAAGUUGCACUCAUUGUACGUCCCUCAUUGCAAAAGCUUAGAGCACCAUCUCUGUCACACUUUUCUCCCCUAAUGAUUACAACGAUCAUCCUUUCACGUUCUGUAUUCAGACUUCAGUCAUUUGGCAUUGCCCCACACACUCUGAGGUCAGAAGACCGUUGCAUGAGUGAAGGCAUGGUGGGCAUUGUUAGGUUUUGCAAUGCUGUGCUCACCUGAAAUCGACUUUUACUUCAUUUUCUGUGGGACUGGGGAAUGACUUGCACGAUAAACCUAGUGAAGUAACAAGUCUCUACUGGAACUGAAUUAACAAUAGCUUUUUUUCACAGAUUUUGUUUUCAUCUGAGUUAUUUGCAUAUGUUUGGAAAUCCCACUUUGUCCACAAAUUCCUCGUCGAAAUUAGACUGCUUUUCCCACCUCUGAUUUUUGCCCCAGGAAUUUGGAGUGUACUGUGAAAAGGUUCAACCCAGGUUCAAUCAAAAAGGCCUCUCUUUGUGUCUCAGAUAUUCAUUUUAAAACUUUAAUCGGCUUGUUCUUCAGCCAAAAACAGUUUGUACUUUUGGUGGGGUAUUUUGAGGAAUGCGCUUAGACUCCUACACAAGGAAAGUGUUGUAGACACAGCACUGUGAGCUGAUAAACCAAAAUAAGGAUCUAUGUCCCCCUCUGCUGGUUGAGUAUAAUACAAAUAAUUUAAAGAGGAACUUCAUUCAAUGUUCCAAUGGGCAUUGAAGAUGUACAAUACUAAAAACAGUAUAACUAUUGGCCAAUUACUUUAACUUUUGUAUAGACUUAUUUUGAUCCAAGUUUUAUUCCACGUUAGUCGCCUUUGAAAAAUCCAGGGAUUAUUCAAAUGGUAUGAUUGACUGAUUUGGCCAUAAGUGACCCUUGCAAGGUACUGAAAUGUUUUUUUUCCACUGACAAAUCUUUCAGCUUGCUCUACUCGCAAAGAAAUGCUUUACUUCAUGAAUAUAUUUUCAUGAUCCAAAGAUUUGAUUGUUCUAAUGACAGCACACUUGCUUAAUUUUUAUUAAUAUUUCACUCUCAACUCUGAAUAUGGUUCAUCUUAACUUUCCUCAAAGAAGAUUAGACAUUAUUCAUAAAAAUUGGUCAUAACAAACCAAAAUGGGACAUUUCAAAUGUCAUGCAUCACAAUUGCUGUUUUUUUGUAGUUUUUUUUUUAGCUUGUGAAUAAAAUGAAAGUGUAAUUGUAAAUAUGUAACAUCAUUAUGUUGAAUAUUAAACAUAACAUUUUAUUGAAUUGUCCAACCCUUUUGGCCAAAUUUUAAUUGUUCUGAAUUUGGCAGCAUUUUGUCAUUUUAAGACAGCGAUUUAACAAUUCAAUUUGUAAAAUGUGUACGUUUUGGUAGUGAUAAUUAUUAUUUUUAAAUAAUGAGCUGCAGGACAACAAUGGAACAUUCUAUUUGGUUAUGGUAUUGGUAAAUUAUGAAAUGUUUUGUCGCCUAAUCACAACCUCAUGGUUAUCAUGCAGAUUUUAAACGAUCUAAUAGGCAAUGGCUAAAGCAUUAGUAAAAUGCAGAAGGCAAGGUGAAGCAAAGAGCACAUGGGGUUGAUUUUGAGUUUCGUCGUUGAGUUUAAAUGCUGAGAAGUUAGUAAGGUUUAAGUGGUUAGAAUGAAUAUAUUUUUAGGCUUUGAUUGUAUUUGUGACUGUAUAAAUACAAAAAUAUCUUCCCAUUUACAUUUAAGUCAUUUAGCAGACGCUCUUAUCCAGAGCGACUUACAAAUUGGUGAAUUCACCUUCUGCCAUCCAGUGGAACAGCCACUUUACAAUAGUGCAUCUAAAUCAUUAAGGGGGGGGGGGGGGGUGAGAAGGAUUACUUGCAGAGAAGUUUUCUUUAAACAGUCUUACUCUGUCAAGCCUUAGUACAACAAAAUGCUUAAUGUUUUUUUCCUUAUGUGAUUAUUGGAAUUGUUUUAUUGGACUGGAAUACAGAAGCUUUUAAGGAAUAAAGUGUCCUUAUAUAUUUA